CAAUGUCGAGUGGUGAAUGCGACCCGUAGACAAGAUUGGGAGUGGCUGGUGGGUUGCGGCUGCCCCGCGAAACGUCACCGCAAGGGUGGCCCGAGCACCGCGACGUUGAACCUCUGCGCUUCCAAGGCACCAGAACUUCACUCUCCACGCGCCCUUUCAACAGCCUCAGGCCCCCAACACCCUAAAACAGCUAUCCAGAACCAUACCAAGAGAGACCAUCAAUCGCCGUUACUCAGAGUUUCCAACGUUCGAAUUCACUAGCGCGACGAAGCGUCCACUCCCUACCCGACAGCGCCGACGCGCUCUUAGAUAUACCAAGCAGACACCUGCAUGCUGUAGAGGAUUAGGACAGCCGGCCCGAAGGAUCCACCAUGGAGACCAUCCGGGGUCUCAUUUGGAAACCGACGCCGGAGGAGCAGAAGCGGAAGUGCUCUGCCCUCGUGCGUCAAAACGUCCGUAAGCUGGACCGCGACAUCCAGCAGCUCAAGCAGACCGAACAGAAGACGAAGAACUUCAUCCUACAAUCCUCAAAGCGCGCCCAGCGAAACCCCUCCAUGGCCAAGCAAGCCAACCAAGACGUGCGGAUCUUCGCGCGAGAGUUGAUUAGAGUCCGGAAACAGAGCGCGCGGUUACAGACGAGCAAGGCUCAGUUACAAUCUGUACAAAUGCAGGUCAACGAAGCCUUCUCGGUGCGAAAGAUUGAGGGUAGCAUACGCGCUUCGACCGGCAUCAUGAAGGAUGUAAACUCCCUUGUGCGGUUACCGGAGCUGACUGGAACAAUGCGCGAGCUCUCAUCUGAACUGAUGAAGGCGGGAAUUAUAGAGGAGAUGGUAGAGGAUACCCUGCCCGACAACGAGUUGUUGGAAGGCGAGGAGGAUGAGGCUGAGGAGGAGGUCGAGAAGGUCCUGUCGGAGAUAUUGAAGGACAGGCUACCAGCGGGCAAGGCCAAAGAGGAGGCUCUGCCAGCUGCACCUGUCGAGGAAGAAGAGGAAGAGAACCAGGAAGAGCUGCUGGCUCAGAUGAGAGGUCGGUUAGAGGCUCUGAAGAGUUAAUGGCUGCACUAAAGAUAUUUUGUGACAUCGCGGGCAGGGCAUGGUAAGACGGAGUUGCGGAGUCCUUGUGGUAUCGUCUAUGACAGACUUGCGGCCGGAUCUAAUAGAAUUUUCAUAUAAUGCUAAGCCAGUGAAGGCAUAUGUGGUAUCUAUGCAUGUCCAUAUCUGCUCAUUGCUAAUGGCGAUUUUCUCUCCUGU